GACGCCAUAGCAAACUCGUAAAAUACGCCAUUAAAACGAGAAUAAAGCGAGUCAGCGGGCAACAAUUUAUCGGAAGCGGUGCAAAAAGUGUCUAGUGACUGUGUUUCGACGAAAUCGGGCGAGCAAGUAGUGCACAACCAGUGAGAAUCCGGUUGAAAAUAUCGGCGGCCCGUUUUUUCGUCUUCGUCGUUUCCGAAAAACGCGAACGCAAAGAGUACAAUGUUAAUAUUUUUACCGUGGUCAACGGCAUUCACAGAGACAAAUUUUGAGGAAAAAUAAUUUUUUUGCGUGCACGGCAAGACAAGUGACGCGUGCACCGAACGUGCGAAAAGAAAGAAGAAAAAAAAAACAAAACAACAGCAAAAAAGCGGUAGAAAAUGGAGCAGGCUUUGUCGCCAUUGCCAUUGAAAUGGAAGAAAAUUACGGGAUCUACGGGCCCGCAACCGCGUCCCAGGCAUGGACAUCGCGCGGUCAACAUCAAGGAACUCAUGGUGGUCUUCGGGGGCGGCAACGAGGGCAUUGUCGACGAGUUGCACGUCUACAAUACAGCUUCCAAUCAGUGGUAUGUGCCAGCAACAAAAGGUGACGUGCCCCCGGGAUGCGCAGCGUACGGCUUCGUCGUCGACGGAACUCGCAUCUUCGUGUUCGGCGGCAUGGUUGAGUACGGCAAAUACUCGAACGAGCUCUUCGAGUUGCAAGCCACAAAAUGGGAAUGGAAAAAGUUGUCGCCAAAGCCGCCAGAUAACGGACCGCCACCAUGCCCGCGUCUCGGGCACAGCUUUACGAUGGUAGGCGACAAAAUUUACCUGUUUGGCGGAUUGGCAAACGAGAGUGACGACCCGAAAAAUAACAUUCCAAAGUACUUGAAUGACUUGUACACGCUCACAAUUAAGAACAAUCAGCUGGCAUGGGAGAUCCCGAAGACGUAUGGCGCAAGUCCGCCGCCACGCGAAUCGCAUACCGCCGUGGCUUAUGUGGAUAAGAAGAGCAAGAAGAGCAUGUUGGUCAUUUAUGGGGGCAUGAGUGGAUGUCGACUUGGGGAUUUGUGGUUGCUCGACACGAAUACGAUGAUUUGGACGAGACCGACGACGGAGGGACCGAUUCCGUUGCCGCGUUCCUUGCAUAGUAGCACCCUGAUUGGGCAUCGCAUGUACGUUUUUGGCGGAUGGGUGCCUCUUGUGAUGGACGACAUGAAGACGGCGGCACACGAAAAGGAGUGGAAAUGCACAAAUACGUUGGCAUGUCUUAAUUUAGACUUA